ACCACGACCGUCACUGGAGGCACCAUUCUCUGUGGUGAUGAUGAUGGCCACCACGACCGUCACUUGUUUACAUCAAGAAGAUGAGUGGUGUAGGGGCGGUUGUUGUGGCUCUCUUGUUGACACUAGUGGCUGGGUGUUGUGGCUCUCCUGUUGACACUAGUGCCUCUCAAAGUUGUUGGCCAGGGCCACUAGUGAUGGUGGUGCAGCAGGUGUGACCAAGCCAUGGAGCGCCACCUGGCCACUGACAGGUUUAUGGAGUUUGAUGGUGACGAUGAUGCCUUACUCAUCCAGAGGAUCGACUCCAAUGAGAUCAUCUACUGUCCUCCAAAACGAAAGUACAAGUUGGUUGGCAAGUAUGUUAUGGGUGACAAGUUGGGAGAGGGAAGCUACGGCAAGGUCAAAGAAUGCCUGGAUUCAGACACCCUCCAGCGAAGAGCAGUCAAGAUUAUGAAACGCAAAACUCUGAGGAGGAUUCCGAAUGGAGAUCAGAAUGUUCAGCGCGAGAUAAGAUUGCUACGAAGACUGAAACACCGCAAUGUUAUUAGUUUAUUUCAUGUAUACCACAAUGACGAAAAGGGCAAAAUAUAUAUGGUCAUGGAAUUCUGUGUUACUGGGCUCCAAGAAAUGCUGGAUAGAGCCAAGGAUAAAAAAUUUCCAAUCUGGCAAGCUCACAUGUACUUUGUGCAGCUUGUUGAGGGGCUGGAGUACCUACAUAGUAGAGGUGUUGUACAUAAAGACAUCAAGCCUGGUAACCUUCUCCUCAGCACUGACAGCAGUCUCAAGAUUUCAGAUUUUGGUGUGGCUGAGCAACUGGAUAUAACAACAGGAAGUGAUGAGAUAACCACUAGUCAAGGUUCACCCCUUUUCCAGCCUCCAGAAGUAGCUGGUGGAACAAGAGUGUUUCCUGGGUUUAAGGUCGAUGUCUGGAGUGCUGGCUGUACCCUAUUUAACUUAACCAGCGGAAAAUAUCCAUUUGAAGGGGAAAACAUGUUCCGUCUCUUUGAAAAUAUAUGUGAGAAGCCUUUAGUUUUACCCGAAGAACUGGAUCCUGUGCUUAUUUCCUUGCUAGAAGGGAUGCUUUUGAAGGAUCCUUAUCAGCGCAUGUCAUUGGAUCAAGUCAAAGUUCAUGACUGGUGUUGCAAGAAGCAUCCCCGCACAGAAGAAGAAGUGUCAGUGGGUGGUGAUGAUAGUCGUCACAGCAUCACUAUAGUCCCGUACUUGCGCUACCAUUAUUAUGAUUCAGAAUCUGAGGAUGAAUUAAUCACCGAGCAUGAACUGAAUGAGUCAAGAAUCCAGGCAGAAAAUCGCCCCGAUAUGUCUCCCGCAGAUCUCCAGGAGACUCGUGGUGCUCACAACAAAAGGAGAAGACGCAAACCAAUCUCCUGCAUUAGUGUCAAAUCGAUUGCUUCAUGUAAGCAGUCUUGACACUACACAUGCAUACUAUACUGAUGUUGUUAUCCGGCAAGUGUUCACCAUGGACCCAGGGUAAAGGGGUAAGGAGGAGUGUUUGGAGACGGGUGUGGGCUGGGAGCAACUCUAGCUUUGUACAGUUUAUUUUGUGCAUAAAUAUUUCUGGUGCUUCAUGAAAUUCAUUACAAUUCAUCGUCAUGUAUUGUCAACCUUCUCAGUGAUUUUAGUUAAAUAGUGAAGGUAUAUAUUGGCAUUUUGUUUACAAUAUAUGAGGAUGACAAGUAUAUGGCUUGAAAGAAAAAGCACAUGCAAGUAAACUUUUAAUUACACUUUCAGUGGUUUUUAUGUAUCUCCUUGAAGUUAACCUUUCUUCUGUGAUGACUCAGGUGCCCUAAGCAAUGACACAUUUGGAAAUGUGUGUGAGCUUUAGUAAUGAAAAUACUACAAAGCUACAGAGACAAACCCGAGUCAGUGAAGCUGAAUAGUGAUGGUUAUUAUGGCUGCGAACUCUGGUAUGGUGAUGGAGAUAUAAACACUUGCAUGUUGGAAAUUUGACACUGGUCUCGUAUACCUCGUAUACCUACUUACACACCACAGGAGGAUGCCCAACUUACAAAUGCCUAAAGUUACACACAUCCACACUUACAAAUGGGUCACUUCUUUCUUUCUUUCAACACACCGGCCGUAUCCCACCGAGGCGGGGUGGCCCAAAAGGAAAAACGAAAGUUUCUCCUUUUACAUUUAGUAAUAUAUACAGGAGAAGAGGUUACUAGCCCCUUGCUCCCGGCAUUUUAGUUGCCUCUUACAACACGCAUGGCUUACGGAGGAAGAAUUCUGUUCCACUUCCCCAUGGAGAUAAGAGGAAAUAAACAAGAAUAAGAACUAGA